CCUCAUUCUCUCUCUCUUCUGUUGGAUCACUGAGAAGCAAUACGCCAGUGCCUCUGCUGCAAACUGUGUCUCCGAGCAACAAGUCAGCGGCGAGCGAGCGAGGGAGGCGGCUUCGUUAUGAGCGGGGCACUGGGCUCACGCCGACAUGACCACCUGAUAUUCUGCUUGCUGCUCCGGCUCGUCUCGGCCUACGCCUAUACGAUCCCGCAAUAUGUAAUCGACCACGCCCCGAUCGUCUGGCUUCAUUCCGACGACCCGUACAUGCCAAGUGACAUCCUGACGCAUGUGUUGCACACAAGUCCGAGGAUCGGCUCGGAGCCCAUCACCGAGGCGAUGCCGCUGGCCAAUCUCGAGACUCUGUCGCUGUUGAACAGACACGGCGGCAAGGACGGGACCGACGUCUUCUUGACGGCCGUCGACGACGUGGCCGCCUUCCCGGCCUGGGUUUUCGGCGAGGUGCCCGACGCGACGGGAUCUCUCCACAACUCCACGGCGUGUGCGGUCGUCGUGGUGGAGAAGAAGAAGGGUGCGGAUGUCGACCAGCAGGAGCCCGUGAGGUUGGACGCCUUCUAUUUCUACUUCUACUCGUGGAACGAAGGGGCGGACAUUCUGCAGGUCGUGCCGCCGCUGAACAAGCUGUUCCCGGACAGCAAGCCCGGCGAUCACUAUGGGAAUCACUUGGGGGACUGGGAGCACAACAUGGUCCGGUUCGAGGACGGGAAGCCGACGGGCGUCUACUUCAGCCAUCACACCAGCGGCGAGGCUUGCGCUUGGGAAGACGGGGCGUGCCUGUCCAAGCAAGGAGAGAGACCGGUCGUCUUCAGCGCCCGCGGGUCGCACGCUAACUACCCCUCGGCGGGAAGCCAUGUCCACGACGAAGCGCUCAUCGACAUCGCAGACAAGGGCCGGAUGUGGGAUCCCGUCAAGCUGGCCUACUUCUACCACUACGACCCUCAAACAGAGACCUUCGCCGCGGCAGACCCGGGCGCAACAGACCCAACCGACUGGCUGGACUUCAACGGGCACUGGGGCGACAAACAGUAUCCCGACUCGGACCCUCGCCAGGAGACCGUCCCGUACUUCGGGCUCAAGAAGUACAACAACGGGCCAAACGGGCCCAAGUUCAAGCACCUGGUGAGAAAAGGGCUGAUGCCUGACGGGAAGGAGAAGCCGAUCCUCAUGAAGACGCUGGUGCAUUGGUACAUGGCCAUGUACGGGUGCUGCUUGAAGGGCAUCAACCCUUGGGUGGUCGUCAUCUCGCUUUUGCUUGUUUUGGCCGUGGCGGUUGUUCUGUGCGUUUUCACGUUCCGGCGAGUUCGCCCACGACUGAAGGCGUGGAUCCUCAAGAGAAAGGCAGACGAAUCCAAGGACACCUCCGAAGUUCAGCUUCGACUGCUCGAUCCGGACGGGGGAGAAGCCGACGACGAACCAGAGGUAUAGAACCCGUUCACCGCUGCUGGACGCCGCCUCGCAGGCCAUUUGCUCUGUUAAUCAGGUUUUACCUCGCAAGAUCCUUCGAGUCUAGUGUCUUCCCGGCUUGAACAAUGUCGUGUUACACAACGGGUUGACCACCCUUGCAGCCGGCUAGCAUUUCGCUAGUGGGCAAUCAGAGUCCAGUUCCGGUGUCCCAGCAGAUUAUUCGCGGCUUGUCCAAUUCUGCGUUAUUCUCCUGUCGGAUGAUGGAGCCCGACAAGAUGUCCGGAUCAGCCUCUGACGCCGUAAGGACACCCGCCACCUCCGACUCCGGCUGGUUCCAAGUGCGAGGUCCCAUUCCUCGGAGCAACAGCUGGGUUAUCGCCAGUGCCUGGCUGAUGCCCAUCUCGUGUCCGAUUUUGUCGAGAGACAAGAUAAUCCAGCGCUUGAGAUCCGGGGUGGAGAAGCGGCAGCAAGCAACCAGAAACAGAGGCCACAAAAGGCUGUAGCCAGCAGCUAGAACCUUGUUCUCGCGACUGAUUCCAUCAGCUGCCGUCCAUUCGUUGGCGACGGCGAAGUGGUACGGUACGCUAGCGCAGAUGUCGGCCGUCAAAUCUCUGAGGAUGAUUUCACUGUGCCGUGCAACCUUGACAUGGUUGCGGGAGUUGUCGGCGAGGUUGCGGGCAUGCUGCUCCUUUUGCAAAUAGUCGAGAUGUUGCAUGAUGAUUUCGUGGAUGACAAAUCGCGCACCUCGCCAGUUGCCCCACAGGUUACUAGCGAAGAGAUCCUGGUAGACAUAGUAGUGGGAUGUGUAUGGUCCAUAUGUCGUGGUCGUCCCCCAUCUGCCUGUGGUGAAGAAUUUAGUAUACAUCAACGACGAGGGCAUACCCACGGCCCAAGAGGCGAGCUCCGCAUCCAGUGCUAAGGCCGCUCUAAUGAUCGCUCUGGGGUCGGUCAUAGUUCCUUGCUUCAUAUCCGCGCACAGUUUGGUCAACUGUAUGUUGAUAUUGGCCAAAUGGUCGCCGAAUCGGGAGAGGCCAUCCUCGAGAGCACAUGCUUGCUGUGAUAGUUGUCUCAGGACAGGAGAUGUAGGGCUCUCUCCAAAGAUAUUAUGUAUCAACUGAGCAGUUAGUGGCGAUGUAUACAAUAAAAAGGUCACGGCGGUCUGGGACUCA